GGGAUCCUUCCAUGAACAGCGGAUUCGGUGGCUGUUGCAAUGUGCCUGGGGACGGGAGGAGCAGUGGCAGCGACAGCAAUAGAGCUACAGCUGUUAACGGUGGUGCUCGGGGUGGCAGGAGAACUGUUGAAAGCGGUGGGAACUCACCAAUGUCAAAAGAUUCUGAGUUUGGUUUGACAGCAACCCAGGGAUUAGGACAGGCUGGCAAACCCACGGGAGGGAACUCCCCAUCCAG